UUCGGCUGCUGAUGUGGAGCUGGAGGCUGGAGCAUGGAGCGGCGGUGCAGGGAGAGAGAUGGAUAUUAAAUGAACACUGGCCACUCGUUGCCUUCAGAUGCUGAGGCUGCAGGGGUCCGGGGGCUGCUCUUGGCAUCAUCACUAUCAACAAGAGGAACAAUGUGGGGGCUCCAUGGUGCAACUGGAAUGUGCUGAGCGGCUGCAGGAGGGCUCCAUCUGGGCAACGAGAUCCUAAAGCAGCAACUGCCAGACAAAUGCACCCUGCUCUCCACCGUCCCCUUCUAUGGCUAUCAGCAGAACUGGGGUACAGAGAGGAUGAGUGCACUGCUGGGGUAGUCCCCCCUCAUUUCAAUCCCAGGACCCCCACAUCUCUAAUUCUCACCCUCGUUGGUGAGCCUGGGCGCUCCCUGCCUUCCAGAGGAUGCUGCUGACUAGAUCCCAAAUGUCUGCAUGGGGUCUGAACACUUCUUGUCUCGGGGUCCUUCCUACUGAGGAGCAACCUCUGGUUUUGGGGAACAAUGACUUCUAGGCACCAGUCAGACUGGAUCCCUUACAGUGUUUUGGAUGAUGAGAGCAGCAGUUUGCGGCAACAGAAGCUCGACAGGCAGCGGGUGUUACUGGAGCAGAAACAAAAGAAGAAGCGCCAGGAACCUCUCAUGGUCCAAUCAAACGUAGACAGUAGAAGCCGUGGGCGCAGAAUGAAGCAGUCGGAAGAGCAGGCGCCCCUAGUGGAAUCCUAUAACAGCAGCAACAGCAGCACAAUGUACCAUGUGCAGGAGGCGGAGCAAGAUGACGCACAGGUAGUAGCAGAAGCGCCAGCUCUGAGGCCAAAUAAAAAUGCCAAGUCUGCAGCGAGUGCAGGCUGCCCAACUGGCAGUGCCAGGAAGGAGAAAAAGGCGAAGCAGAAAGGAAUCGAUGGGCCGGCGGCUUUUCAAGAUGAGGCAUCGAGUCCCGGGAGCCAAGUGCAGAUUCUGACAGUUGGACAGUCGAGCCACGAGGAGGAGGCAGCGGAGAGUGUGGCCAGUGGCCAGCAGGGCAAACAGGACCUGAGGAUCACAAUGCAGAAAAAGGGGAUCUCAAGCAGCAUGAACUUUGAUGAGGAGGAGGAUGAAGAAGAUGAAGACAGCUCAAGUUCCUCCCAGCUCAACAGCAGCACUCGGCCGGGGUCUGCGACAAGCAAGAAGUCCAAUAAGGAAACAGUGUCGGCUCCGAGUCCUCCCACCAAUGAACCGUCUGUAGAUGUGGAAGACCUGGAGGAAUUCUCUAUGCGACCGGCUCCCCAGGGAGUGACUAUUAAAUGCAGAAUCACCAGGGACAAGAAAGGGAUGGACCGCGGGAUAUAUCCCACCUAUUAUCUCCAUCUGGAAAAGGAGGACGGUAAAAAGGUUUUCCUAUUGGCCGGGAGGAAGAGAAAGAAAAGCAAAACAUCCAAUUACCUCAUUUCUAUAGACCCGACUGAUCUUUCCCGUGGGGGGGAGAGCUUUAUUGGCAAACUCAGAUCAAACUUGAUGGGCACGAAAUUUACUGUUUAUGAUAACGGGCUGAAUCCGGGCAAAACCGCGUCGAGUUUAGAGGCCAGUAAUCUGCGCCAGGAGCUCGCCGCCAUCUGCUAUGAGACAAACGUUUUAGGAUUUAAAGGGCCCAGAAAGAUGAGUGUGAUCAUUCCUGGGAUGAAUAUGGAUCACGAGCGAGUGUCUAUCAGGCCACGGAAUGAACAUGAGACUUUGCUCUCUCGGUGGCAGAACAAGAACACAGAGAGUGUCAUAGAAUUGCACAACAAAACCCCCGUGUGGAACGACGACACGCAGUCAUACGUGCUGAAUUUCCACGGACGCGUCACGCAGGCAUCCGUGAAGAAUUUCCAGAUCAUACACGACAAUGACCCGGAUUAUAUCGUGAUGCAGUUCGGGCGUGUGGCGGAAGACGUGUUUACAAUGGACUAUAACUACCCCAUGUGUGCGUUACAAGCAUUCGCCAUAGCCCUGUCCAGCUUCGAUAGCAAACUGGCCUGCGAGUGACCAUCCAGCCAAAUAACCAAUCACCAAGAACUUAUUUUCAUCGGGGGUGGCGCUUAUUGAUUCCAGACAAACCCCGCCCACAUUUUCUAUGUUCUUUGCCAUAGGUCGAGUUGGUUUUGAGUUUACAGAAACGCUGAUUUAUUUUGGUUCCCCCCUUUUUUUUUUGGUGGUUGAAAUGAACCGAAAUGCACUUUCACCCUGAAACCGUCACACGUUGGGGGGGAUUUUGCUUCUUUCUGCAAAGUUGGAAAUUGCAAUUUUAUUUUUGUAAUUAUUGUUAUGGGGGAGGUAAAGUGGGAGUGGCUUGAGGUGAGACACACGUGCCCGAGAGACGUUUCAAGACGCUAAAAGGAACUAUUUGUUGUACCUCUAGGGGGCGCUGUUACUGAUCCGAUUAAUCCGCUUCUUUUGUACCUAAGUGCAUGAACUGUUUGCCUUCUCACCAAGCUAAUAUAAACCGGCGCUAAAAGAUCAUGAGAUUGUGAGUCGUUGAGCAAAAGCACAAGGUGCCUCCAUGUUUUUAUAUUGUCGUCGGCUCUGGGAUCCAUUUAUGGCACUUUUUGUGGUUGGAAAGGAAGAAUCUCCCCUUUUCAGUAUGUAAUAUUGUAGCUAUUAACCCAACAAGUCAUUGCAGAUAUUGUGGUCAACGUACUGUAUCCUAAUUUUUAGAUGUAGACUAAACCCAUGGUUAACCCCUUCCGUAUUGGGGGGGAGGGGCCUCGUCCGACAUUGUGAAGCUUCACUCUCUUUCUUUUUUUAAAUUAUAAAGCGUCUUUCAUAUCUGUAUGAGGGGGAUGGACAUCUUAGAACCGUAUUGUACAUUAAAUUUGUCUGGAUUUGA